ACGCCCUCCCACCUGAGAUUUCCGAACCACCACAACAUCAUGUCAGGCAUUGAGGUCAUUAGUCUCAUAUCGGCCAUUAUUGGCAUCAUUGACGGGACUUCGAAACUGGUCAAAACCAUCAAGAAUAGCCGCGAUCUUCCUGAUGGAUUUAAAGCGGUAUCUGAGCGUUUACCCCUCAUACGAGCCGUCUUGCAGGCCGCAGAGCGACGCAUCAAAGAAUCGACCGAAGGACAGGGCGACUUCGGAACGAUCCAAGUCCUGCUCGAGUCUUGCCAAGAUCAGGCUCUGCGGCUGAAAAGCAUUAUGCAGGAGGUGACCAUCCAACCAGGCGCCACAUUUGCAGAUCGCUCUCUCCUCGUUGUGCGCAGGCUCUCCAAGGAGAGUAAGAUGGAACAACUGAUGAAAAAACUCCUGGAAAAUGUGCAAUUGUUGGCGGCAAUCCAGACCAUCAAACCUUCCAUAGACGCCAAGGCUCCCUGUGCGAUUCAGGCUCUGGCCGACCCAGCUCCUUCAAUAUACCAGGCCUCGGCGGUUGCUCAUUACGGAAUAGGUCACCAGUUCAGCAACAUGGGAAGCGGCCAGCAGCAUGUCAACAUGGGCAAGGGGCAACAGGUUUUUGCACACUCGAUGAUUAUUCAGGGGAGUCCUCGAUAUGGUGUGGUUGGUAUUCUGAACAGUGAGGCUGUUCAGAAACCGCCCUUCCACGUUCCUUGUCUCUCUUCUCGCUUUGCCUCUUUCUUCAAGUUCUACGCAAUGUCGUGCCAACGUAUCGACAAGCUCAUUUCUUCCACCCUCCGGUUUCUCAACGACGCCGCAGAAAAAUGGGAGGCAACUCUUCCCCAUGAGAAUCUACCGCCAAGUUUUGGCAACACACGGAAAUGGGUUUCUCUUGUCCAAGAGAUUGUGGGGGGAAUCCAGGACCAACGGAAGGCGAAUAGCCUAGAUCCAGAUGACACUGCAAUUCUCGAUGUUCUAGAAUCAACCAAAGGAGCUGCCAAAAGCUUGUCGGCCAUCUUCAGAGUCGUGGCAGAUACUUCUGAGACCGAGAGAGGAAGUUGUUAUGAGGAGUUUCUGCGAAAGCCAAACGCCAGCGGGGUCGAGGUGGUCCUACUACAGCUUUUGCAAGGGCCCCACGAGCUUGUCAACGAAUGCAUCAUCGAAGUGACGGUCGACCAAGUUCAUCAACUAGCAGAAGCCAUCGAAGAGCUAGCUUUGAUGCAACCACCUAUGCCGGUGAGCCAGACGGCAGCGGUGGCACAUUAUGGAAAGGGGGAUCUAUUCAGCAAUCUAGCCAAUGGGCAUCAAAACAUCAAUAAGGGAACUGGAGCGCAGUACAUUGCUGAGCGGAUGAGCUGGGCUGGUCAAUCGAACCCGUGA